AUGCCUAAGCAAACAGCUGGGACGAUUCAGACAUCAAAGCUUUCAAUGAACAGCGAUUUUAAAGCGUUUAACGAGAGCUCUAUCCCUCAAGAAGGAAGAAGUGAAAUUCUUGAGAAGGAUCCCUUUGCAGGUUACCGUAAAGGAGAUCAAUGGUCAAGGGAAUAUGAGAUGGAUGAUGAGGAGGAUGAGGUACUGCUAAUGGAAGAGAGAAGAAUUGGUGCAGCCGAAGUCUCCGAUGGUAAUGAAGCUGAAAAUAGGAUGACAUCCUCAAAUGAAGACAAGAGUGCGGAAGAAGAUAGUACUAACAGCAACCAGACGGAUGAAUACUCGACAAUGGGAGAAACACCUCCGACAACAAUAACUGGCGUUGAUCAAACGUAUGCACAAUCUGAUAUGCAACAAGAUGGUGAACUUGGCGCUUAUGAAGAAUUGGCAAACAACAACACCGACGAUACAACCGGGGCUGGUAUUCGAAUAGGGGUGGACAAAGUACAACCAGAACAAGAUGAGGAAUCAGAGAGUAACGACAGCACAAUAAUGAUGGAAGCGGAGAUUGAAUGCUGUAGAAUCUUGGAGGAGAGAGAACAAAGAUUUACAUCGAUUGGUGAGGAGGGAUGUCCUGACAUAGAGCUUGGCACUUCUUGUGGCGAGAAGUACACUCUUUUGCGGGACAUUCAUCAAUUAGGUUAUCAAUAUACCUACACCCCAUACUUACCAUAUAUGUUCAUCUCCCCUACAGAGUCCGAACUCCCUCGUAAGAAGAAGAAAAAGAAGAUUGCUACCAGUCUUCCAAACAAAGAGGACUGCAUUGAGCCGCCAGAUGUGCGAGAUCUUAUGAGUAUUUGUUCUGAUGAGUCCUGGGAACUUGCUAGAUCCAUUUAUACAAACGAGGAUCACGUCCAGGAACUUUGUACUCGAAUCGGAAGCAACUCCGAUCCGGAAGAUAUACCAGCUAUGCUGGUGUACAACAGGCCUGUUCCAGAAUUCCCUGUGGAUAAAGCUGAAGCUGCUCCUCAUCAAAGUGGUGAUGGUGAGCACACUAAAGCACACAAGAGAUUCUCAUGGCUGAGAUUCUUUCACAAGAAUUCUGGACCCGAAAUUGCCCCGGCAGUCGAUGCACCUAAGGGAAUCCACUUCUCACACGAGAAGAGGACAUUGAGCUUCAGUGGUAAGGAAGAAUGGAAAGAGUUCCAAAGUAAUGCUGAAAGAAGUAACAGCAAUCCUGAACCAUUUGAGCCAGUGCCAAUCCCUAGCGCUAAGCCCGCAGAUGCACAAGAUGAUGCAGAGGAAGAAAUAAAAGUAGACAAUGCAUCUGCCACUUCUGGCUCUUGCAAACUGAGAAGCUGCUUCAACAAGCUCCGAGUGAUCCUCAAGGUUGGAGAGAAGAGGACAAAAGAGCAUAAAAAGAAGCACUUCAAGCGGUUAAGACAACUGAUUCAUGGCUUUCAUUGGUCAGGUAAGCCUAAAGAAGUUGUCCCAGAAGAAGGGCCAAAAGGUCAAAAGGUUCUCCGUAGUUGUCUCAAAGUUAGGACAAAUCCUAAUAUUGAACAAGAGACAACAAGAGCUAACAAUUGUGAUACCGUCGAUGCAUAUUACAAGUUCCGAUUCGAAAAUAUAUAUAAGAACGAGCUUGAUCGACAUGAAGGUUCUAUCAGGAAGUAUAAAAGACAACAGUUGCUAGAAUUUUAUGACCAAGUGUGUCAGGAAUCUGAGAAUUCGGUUCCAAACGGUUGA